AGAGGCUAAGCGAGAAGAGCUAGCGAGCCAGCACUCGAGCGAAGAGCAGGUAGUAGCUAGGAGGCGGCUCCUGGAAGAGCCGGGCCGGGAUGAAGGCUGCAGCGUGGGUGCUGCUAGGCUGGGUGCUGAGCGGGAAAAGCUUCCAGGGAGAAGUCCAGCCGCAUAUCAACUGCUAUGAAGAAGAUGGGCCUCAUCCUGAGUUGGAACAACAACAUAGAUUCACACCAGCAGAUGUUUUUAAUAUCAGCAUCAAGAUUGUUGAAAUACAAGGAAUAUGCAAAUUUAACAUAACUUGGAUCCUUAAUGCAGACGCCAGUAUAACAUACUUGAAGGCAACAAAGAUAUGUGAAUUCUAUCAUGGCUGUAUUCGAUGUGACUACUUAGAAGAAUUUCAAAAGCAAACUAUGUCUGAGCAUCAAAAAUGGCAAUUCAACUUUGUUGGAUUUUCUGUAGAAGAAAAUACUAAUUACUUCAUUGAUGUUUAUAACCUUCCACCAGCAAAUAUAAAUGAGGAUCAUUCAAAAAUACAGAAACAUCUAAUUUCUCCAGACUGUGAAGAUAAUAGCUUGAAAUAUUGCCAAAACUGUAUAGAAAAAGGGAGUUUAUGGGAUCCAAAUAUAACAAUAUGUAACAGGGAAUUUGAACUAGAAGUGAAUUUUACACCUAGUAACUUUUGUUCUAAAUAUAAAAUCCAUCUUUGUGACUCUUAUGAAUGCAAUAAUUCGAUUCUUCAUGCUGUGCCUACUACCAAGGGAAACAAUAUUAGAGUUUCAGAAAAAAUAAGAAUGAAUGAUCAAGAAAGAUACAUAAUAUUUAAAGAGCUAAUUCCUUAUUUUCCAGGAUGUCAAAAUGACUGCAAAAGAUACUCGUAUUAUCAAACAGUUUGCAAUGAAGAACGUAUCCCUGAACCAAAUUCUACAGCUUUCAUAGUAAACAAACUAGAUAUGAAAAAAACAUAUGUUGGCAUAUCCAUCACUUUACUUCUGAUUGUGUGCAUAGUUGUUGCUAUGCUUUAUUUCAAGAGUAGGCAUGGUCCAGCAAGUAAUCUGGCUCAUUUCCAUCCUAUAACAGCACAAAAACCCGUAACAAUUCUUGUUGUAUAUUCUCAAGAAGCCUGUUUACAGCAUACCGUCCUAAGUUUUGCUGAAUUUCUACAGGAAUACUGUAAAUGUAAUGUUAUAAUAGACCUGUGGCAAAAACGGAGAAUUGCUGAAAUAGGAACUGUGCAAUGGCUUGCUACUCAGAAAGAAAUUGCUGAUAAAGUCAUUUUUCUUUGCACAACCCACUCAAGUGCUUCAUGUGAUUCAACCUGUAAGAGCAUUAUAGAAAACCAGAAAAAUUCUGAAUGUAUGUUCACUCUUGCAUUACACUUUUUCUUCAGUGAUUGGAAAAUGAAUUCUUCUCUUUGCAAGUACAUGGUUGUUUCUUUCAAUGAAACACAUCCAGAUCCACUUCUCCCAACUCCAUUGAACAUCUGCCCAAACUAUUUUUUAAUGAAAGAUAUAGACUCCUUUUGUAGAGACCUUUACUUUUCACAGAGCCAGAAGUAUAAAGCUGCAAAGAGAAGCAGACCUGGGAAUUUAAGAUUAGUCCUGGAUUGCAGGGAUUAAAAGGACUGUGAAGGACAUGACCAGGCUGAGCCCAAGGGACGAGUCAAAUGGAUCAUGAGUCCCUGCAUGCCUGCAAGAGAUCAAACUCCAACUCCCUUGAAUGCCUUAAUUCCUGCUCAUUUCCCUCAACUGUUAGUAGCUCAGAUUUUUGUAGACAUCUUAAGCUUACAAUAUAUCUUUAUACUCAUUUGAACUGCCUGAAUUACCUGAUUUCCCCAGAGCUUGAUAGACUGGCAAUUAUAUUUAAAUCACUGUACAAUUUUGGCCCACGAUAGAAAUUAUGUCCCUGCUUCCUAUGUCAGAUAUGGAUUUCUCAAGUGUUUCAUUUGCACAAUAUAAAACUUGAUU